AUGGAGGCUUCAAAGAUGGUGACUGAUGGCUUCAACUAUGGUAAUGAGUUGGUGGCUGCUGAACAUAUAAGCCUCGAGUUCUUUACUUCACUCUCGACGGCAUCACGGCACAACGACUCUCCAUCUCUGAUGAAGUCCACAAGCAGUGCUCUGUUGGACUUGGAGGGUGAAAGCAAAAGCUCUCCCUCAUCCUUUGAAUCAAAACUUUUGUUCUGCAACGGAGGGAGUGAUCUCCAGUCACGAAUUUCCAAAUUUAAUCCGACUGUGAAGAAGCCUGAGAUCUCUUCAACUUCCCAGAGCCAAGUUCUAGACAAGGUCAAGAAUUUCCUGGGAGUUCUAUCAGAAGCAAACAAAAAACUGGAGGUUGAUGCGAAGAAAAAUCCUAAAAAGUAUGAUAUAGAAGAACUCACUAGGGAGGAUUCUGAAUACAUAGAAAUGAAUUUAAUAUUGGGUGUUGCAGAGGUUUAUUCCUUUGAGGCUGUUGCUGCUGCUGAGUCUGCCAUAGCUCGUCAGCAACCACUGAUUCCAUUAGCUUCAAUCAGUAGCGCAACCACCGAUGUUGAUGACAGUAGCAACGAAGAUGGUCAUUGA